AUGGCACUAAAGAGAUCCUCCAAAGCCGCCGAUUUCGACUCCCAUGCACACACAGCAUCAAAAAGAACAUCAUACGAGCGUUCCGAGCUGGGUCACACAACAACCGAACGCGCAAAGCAAGUUGACCAGAAUCUCCCGUACGACCAGCUCAAGGAAGCGCUCGAAGCUCAGGACGAGAUCAAAGAUGUCACUAAGGUGGCGCAUUGGUUUCAUCCAAAGGAUCUCCGAAUCCAAGACAAUACCGCAUUGCACCAUGCCUCCCAGCUUGCCCAGAGCGCAAAAAAGCCCUUGAUAUGUCUCUACAUCAACUGUGCUGCAGACGAAUCGUGGCAUGGCACGAGCCCUGCCCGUAUUGAUUUCAUGUUCGAAGGACUGAAUAUCAUGCAGAAAGAGCUAAAGGAGCUGAAUAUCCCGCUAGUGUUCCUGGAAUGUGAGGACAGAAAGAAGAUUGUGCCUACCGUAAUCGAGUGGUUCAAGAAACAAAACGUCUCGCAUGUGUUUGGAAACUACGAAUACGAGAUUGACGAAAUGCGACGAGAUAUCAAACUCGUGCGAGAAGCUGGGGAUGGGAUUCAUGUUAGCUUAUACCACGACCAGACAGUCGUGGAGCCAGGGACGAUGUUGACAGGCAGCGGGACACCGAUGAAAGUCUUCACCCCAUAUUUCAAGCAUUGGCUCGAUGUUGUCAGAUCCCAACCAGAGCUCCUAGAUACUUCUCCGCCGCCCGCUCCAAACUCUUCUGCAGCAAAGAAAGAGCUGCAAGAUCUCUUCGACACCCCAGCCCCGAAACCCGCUCAAGACAAACAAUUCCAAAGCGAAGAAGCCCGCAAGCGCAUUCGAAAACUCUGGCCCCCAGGCCACGCCGCUGGGAGCAAGCGGAUGGAUUCAUUCUUGAAGCAAAUUGACAAAUACGCGGCCACGCGUAGCAACCCGGCAAAGAACAGCACAUCCCGUAUGUCCCCCUACUUCAGCGCAGGCAUGUUUUCCGUGCGCGAAGCCCUACAAAAAGUCGUCGACUACAACAAAGGGAGCACCGACUUCACCGAAGCCAAAGCAUCAAAAGGCGUAUACGGCUGGGUGCGCGAAAUCGUCUUCCGCGAGCUCUACCGCCAAACCACACUAACCACACCACACACAUCCAUGAAUCUGCCACAAAACCUGAAAUUCGACUCCGUAGAGUGGGAAGACGACGAGGAAGGGUGGGAAAAGUGGUACAAGGGGCAAACAGGCGAGCCCUUCAUCGACGCCGGCAUGCGUCAACUCAACCACGAAGCGUACAUGCACAACCGCCUGCGCAUGAAUGUGUCCAGCUAUCUCUACUGCAACUUACUGCUCGACUACCGCCGGGGGGAACGCUACUUUGCCGAAACGCUGAUCGACUGGGACCUGUCUAAUAACACGCAGGGCUGGGAGCCUUCGUACACGGUUUUCAAUCCCGUCUCGCAGGCAGAGAAGAACGACCCGGAGGGCGAGUAUAUACGCAAGUGGGUCCCCGAGCUAGCUGGCGUGCAGGGCAAGGCUGUUUUCGCGCCGUAUGAGAGGCUCAGUAAGGAAGAGUUUGAGAAGUUGGGGUACCCGAAGCCCCAUGUGGAUUGGAAGGUUACGAAGCAGCGGUGUACAGAGAGGUUUAAGAAGGGUAUACGGGAUGCUGAAGCGUAG